GGAAAGAAGAGGAAACUCCACCGAUUCUUCUCUGAUGCUAAAUGUGGCUAACCGGCUAAUCCGAUACACAACGUAGUAUAAGGUAUUUUAUCUGUUUUAUGUUGAUUCUUUUCAGUCAUUUUUAUAGGAUGGUUUAAAUUUUACUUUGUGGAUGAGGACAUCAGCCGGUACUCUGAUGUUCGGCCGCAGCAGCUUUUUUUGCAGGAUGCUAACAGAGCAGCAAGUCAGCUAACAAGCCGAUCUGUUAAAGUAUCCACACCGAUGCUUUGAGCGGCAUCGCGACCGAUUUUGGGAGGUUUGUCGUCGGCGUUGCAUGAUGUCAAGCAACCGGUCGCAGCAAGUCGCUGGUGGUGCAGGUUCAGUACCCAGCACAAGCGCUGGUGGAACUGGUAACUCCAGUGGUGGAAGCAACGCUGUCCCAAGCAACGGCUCCGGAUCUGUUGUGCCCCCUCGCCCUCUUGCUCCUUCAUCAGCAGGAGGAGACAGCAGUAUGUCCGUGCCAACUUUGGCCUCCGUGCCAACGUCCCGAGGCGGAUUCGCCUCGCUUAGCCGACCGUCCGCGUCCUCGGGCAGUAGAAAGAAGUCCCACCACCAGGCACCUUUGUACAACGGACUCUUAAAUUCCUAUGAAGAUAAAAGCAACGACUUUGUCUGCCCCAUUUGCUUUGAGAUGAUCGAAGAGGCACAUAUGACCAAGUGUGGGCACAGUUUUUGCUUCAAAUGCAUCCGCCAAAGUUUAGAGGAAAACAAUCGCUGUCCAAAGUGUAACUACACUGUUGAUAAUGUAGAUCAACUGUACCCCAACUUUCUUGUGAAUGAGCUCAUCCUUAAGCAGAAACAAAGGUCUGAGGAAAAGAGACUGAAAUUAGAUCAUCAUAACGGGUCCAGGUGGCAGGUCUUCCAGGAUGUAUUGAGCCCCGAUCAGGAAAACUUGGAUUUGGCAAACGUUAAUCUGAUGCUGGAGCUUUUGGUGCAAAAGAAGAAGCAGUUGGAGGCGGAAUCCCAGGCCGCUCAGAGACAAAUCCUCAUGGAAUUCCUUAUAGAGGCACGCAGAAACAAAAGAGAGCAACUGGAGCAACUACAGAAAGAGCUCAACUUCCUGGAGGAUGACAUCAAGCGUGUUGAGGAAAUGAGUGGCAUGUACUCCCCAAUCAUGGAGGCAGAGUGUACGGUGCCCAACGUCGAAGCACCGUCACCUUCACCCAGUUGUAGCAUUAUGGAGCCACCAGACUAUAGCCAUCCUCCUGGAUUCGGUGGAACCACACAGGGUAAAAGACAGACCUGGUACAACAGUACGUUGGCGUCGAGGAGGAAGAGACUCACAGCUCAUUUUGAAGACCUGGAGCAGUGCUACUUCUCCAACAAAAUGGCUCGCAUCACAGAUGAAGGCAGGAAUCUAAAUCAGCUGGACGACUUUAUGGAGUGUUUGUCAAAGUUCACCCGGUACAAUUCUGUACGGCCACUGGCCACUCUCUCAUACGCCAGUGACCUUUACAAUGGCUCCAGUAUUGUCUCCAGUAUUGAGUUUGACAGAGAUUGCGAUUACUUUGCCAUCGCCGGAGUGACAAAAAAAAUAAAGGUGUUUGAGUAUGGCACUGUGAUCCAAGAUGCUGUUGACAUCCACUACCCCAUCAACGAAAUGACCUGCAAUUCCAAAAUCAGCUGUAUCAGCUGGAGCAGUUAUCAUAAGAACCUUCUGGCCAGCAGUGACUACGAGGGUACCGUCAUCCUCUGGGAUGGAUUUACAGGCCAGAGGUCCAAAGUUUACCAGGAACAUGAAAAGAGGUGCUGGAGCGUUGACUUUAAUCUGAUGGAUCCCAAGUUGUUGGCAUCAGGUUCUGAUGAUGCUAAAGUUAAGUUAUGGUCAACCAAUCUGGACAACUCGGUCGCAAGCAUUGAAGCCAAGGCCAAUGUCUGCUGUGUUAAAUUCAGCCCGACGUCGAGGUAUCACCUGGCCUUCGGCUGUGCAGACCACUGUGUUCACUACUACGACCUGCGCAACACGAAGCAGCCCAUCAUGGUGUUCAAAGGCCAUCGGAAGGCUGUGUCGUACGCCAAGUUUGUCAACGGAGAGGAGAUUGUAUCCGCGUCGACAGACAGUCAGCUAAAACUCUGGAACGUGAACAAACCCCACUGUCUGCGGUCGUUCAAGGGUCACAUCAACGAGAAGAACUUUGUGGGACUAGCAUCAAAUGGAGACUAUGUAGCUUGUGGAAGUGAGAACAACUCUCUUUACCUCUACUACAAAGGACUUUCCAAGACACUUUUAACUUUCAAGUUUGACACCGUGAAGAGCGUCCUGGACAAAGACAAGAAGGAAGACGACACCAAUGAGUUUGUUAGCGCCGUAUGCUGGAGAGCCCUGCCUGAUGGGGAAUCCAAUGUUCUGAUCGCUGCCAACAGUCAAGGAACAAUUAAGGUUUUGGAGCUUGUUUGAAAACACUCUGGACCCAACGUGAUGGACUCUUAAAACUGUGACGCUCAUUCGUAAGAUUCAGUUCUGGCUCCAGCGGGUGCUGGCCUGAUAUUACUAGCACAGCCAAAAAAUAUAAAAGUCUUAAUUUUUUUCUAAGACUUUUAUAAGUAGGAAGAAAAAACUAGGACUGUGCUGUCAUCGGGAAGAACAACAUUCUAGAAAGAGCAGUCAUGUUUCCUUCAAGCUAAAUAAGAUAUAUCUGCUUAAACUUUUUUUGUUUUCAUUUCUUUGAAAACCAUUUUAACCGUGAUUCUCUCAGAAGUUCAAAUCCUACCACAUACUUCUCCUUCUAUCAUCCUUUUUUAAAACCAAAGCACAAAAUAAAAUGACAUGCAAAAAUGUGUUAGUUUUAAUUGAAAUUGUUUUUGUCAUUAGCUUUUUUUUCUGCUUCAUUGUGUGUUGUAUCUGUGUUUUUUCAGGGUUGGGAUGAAAAAUUUUAAUAAAUAUGA